AAUUAUUCUUAUUUCAGGCGAUAAGCAAGAGGUGGGGCUGUGUGUGUCCUGUCUUUUUAAAUGCUCUUUGCUUCUUGGUUCAAGGCUCACAUAAGGACCGACAAAAUGAAGAGGAGUUUCAAAACAAAGAUGGGAUAGGAGUUUUGCAACCCUCUUGAACAUACCAGGGCAGCUUCCAUAAAGAUCGGUGCAAGAUUAGAAGUACACAGACGGCUUGCUAACCUCCCUAAAACACAUGUGAAAUGUGAAGCUUGUUCAGAGCAGCAACCAUCAAGAUGUUGUUCCCUGCUGGACUCCGGUACCUGUUUCCAGGGAGGUCUAUCAUAGCUCCAUAAUUUCAAAGUACAGAAAGCUACUUGAAAAGUCUUAUGUUUUGCAGGUACCCCACGCUCUGGAGAAGUGAUAUUCUUACUCAGGACACUCACAGUGCCACAGCCUUUUGAGUGACAGCCCCGGAAGCUCAAAGCAUCCCCUGGAAUAACUGGAUCAGCUUUGUGCAUCGGCAGACCUUUGUCUUGUGGGAAUCAACAUGGAAAGGAAUCUCAAGAAUGUUUUGGUCAUUUCUUUUGGAUUUUUACUUCUCUUCACUGCUUAUGGAGGACUCCAGAGUCUACAGAGCAGUCUCCACUCAGCAGAGGGCCUGGGUGUUGCUUCCCUAAGUGUUAUCUAUGCUGCGCUCAUCUUAUCGUCCAUGUUCCUCCCUCCACUCCUCAUCAAGAAGCUGGGCUGCAAGUGGACCAUCGCAGGCUCUAUGUGCUGCUACAUCACAUUCUCAUUAGGAAACUUCUACGCUAGCUGGUACACACUAAUCCCUACCUCUGUGAUCCUGGGCUUAGGAGGAGCACCGCUCUGGUCUGCCAAAUGUACUUACCUCACCAUUGCUGGCAAUUCAUAUGCUGAGAAAGCAGGAAAAAAUGCAAAAGACAUUAUCAACCAAUACUUCGGGGUCUUCUUUCUGAUAUUUCAGUCCUCCGGCAUCUGGGGAAAUCUGAUCUCGUCCUUGAUAUUUAGCCAAGAUUCCAACAAAGUGGAAAUCUCAGAAAAAAACCUGGCAUGCUGCGGAGCGUAUGACUGCAUGACCGAGAUCACUAACACCACUGGGUCAGCAGAACCCUCCAACUCCUUAAUCUACACUCUGCUAGGGAUCUACACAGCUAGUGGUGUGCUAGCUGUGUUGCUGAUUGUUAUAUUUCUGGACCAGAUCAAAUCUGAGCAAGCAGAGACUGAGAAAGAAAUACUAGAGACUCCAUCCUUUUGGUCUACGUUCCUAGCAACUUUCCAGCAUCUUAAAGAUAAAAGACAGUGUCUUCUAAUUCCUCUGACAAUGUACAGUGGGUUUGAACAGGGAUUUCUUUCUGGUGACUACACAAAGACGUAUGUGACCUGUGCCCUGGGGAUACAUUAUGUUGGUUAUACGAUGAUCUGUUUUUCAGCCGUAAAUUCCCUCUGCUCUCUGCUCUUUGGAAAGAUAUCUCAGUUCACCGGUAGAAAACUUCUAUUUGCAUUCGCUACAGUUACAAACACGGCCUGUAUAAUAGCACUACUGCUGUGGAAACCUCAUCCUAAACACCUUGCUGUGUUUUUCGUAUUCCCUGCUCUUUGGGGCCUAUCCGAUGCCAUUUGGCAGACACAAAAUAAUGGACUCUAUGGCAUUCUGUUUGAGAAACACAAGGAGGCUGCCUUUGCCAAUUACCGUCUCUGGGAAUCACUUGGAUUUGUCAUUGCCUUUGGUUAUAGCACCAAAUUGCAAGUCUACAUCAAACUGUACAUUUUGUUGUCUGUGCUCAUGUUGUCUAUGGUGACAUAUGGAGUGGUUGAAUAUCUUGAAGCUAAGAGCUCCCCUGGAGCCCCUACUGCUACAAAGACAGAAAAUGUAGGAGCCCUCACCCAGGAAACAUACCUGUAAUCCAACAGGGUCAGAGCGGUGGAGCCAAAGCAAACUGGCUGGCUCUUACAGGUAUGUCUUCAAGGGUCUUUCAACACGUACUGUCUCCAGAAAGGGGCAUAGAAAUAGAUUUCAAGGUCAGUACAACGUAAAUGUCUUAGGAGUGAAAAUGUCUUUUGACAUCUCAGAUUUAUCAGUGAAGAUCAUCUAACUUCACUCUUCCAUACAGAAGUCAAACUAAAUGUUUUCUCUUUUUUUUUUUUUUUUUAAUUAAUAAAGUCUUAAUAAAGGUAAACAAGACUCUUAAA